AUGGCUCAGAGUCACUCUCCCUCAUUCGCCCGAUGCUCGUUUGAUGAGGCCAUCGGUUCCUCGAUAUUCAUCGUCUUCAUCUCGGUGUAUUCUUCGCAAAGCUGCUCUGGCUCAGCGAAGAUGAUGGCCAUGGAAACCAGCCAGGGCGAAAGCUUGAACGAAUCACUGACUCAAACUUUCGAAGAAGCCGCCCCACCUCGGCGCCGAUGGCACCAGUGUGGAGUAUGGCCGGUGCUGCUUUUCAGCUUCCUAUUGGCUGGCGUUUGGGUUGGGCUGAUUGUAAGAAUCUUUAGCCCAGCAGAUGCACCCCAACAUCCUUCUGGAGAGGAUGGAGAUGCUGCUCCCCAGGCACUGGCUGGUGUCGCAGAGGCUCCAGAGACUCGGGAAAGUCAGCAGCUUGAUAGUCCAGGCAUGGAAGCCCUCAGAGUGUCUUGUGGAGGCGAUGGCUCUGCCACAGGUGAGCCCCCCAAAAUUCUUGGGCAGUGGACGACGUGGACCCAGACCAAGAGUGAGAUUGUGCGCGUGAAGCUAUGGGGCGCUGGAGGCAUGGGUGGGGCACCGGCUCGUCUGGUCCCACAGGGAGGCUGUCAAGGGCGACGCUUGCCUGGGCAUCGCGGUGGAUACAAAGGGCUUGGCACCCGAGCAGAUCUGAACAAUCAUGCCAACCAGAUGAAUCCCAACAACUGGCGCUACUGGUCCAGCCGUGGCUUGGAACCGCCCUGGCGCAGUAGUGCAGUGACCAGCUAUAACUCUCCUGAUUAUGAUGAUGCCCCUACACCAACACGUGACUGGGAGCCUUACCGGCCAAUGGUGGCACCAGGCCAGCCCCAGCAAGCCACUCAGCAGCCAACGCAGGCAUCUCCGGAACGCAUCAAAAACGCCAGGAGAGGCUUGCCUGUGGCGGUGGCCCGGCGCUUCGCCAGGAUAGCGCGGGCUGCUGCCAGGAAGUGGUUGCCCAGGGAGAAGCGCUGGAAGGUAACAGACGAGGAUCCAGAUGCAGUCGGUCCCUGCGGAGAACUUUGGCUUUGCGGUGGCGGCGGGGGCGGAGGUGCUUUCACGGACGAGUUGGUGAACCUCACGGCCGGGAAGCAGUACGGCGUGGAGGCACUUUGUUGCAGAUUUGGGGCCGAUGUGUAG